GUAGGUACUAGUCGAUAAGAUUUUUAUGAGAACAGUUAUCUGCAUUGAGUGGUGUGGAUUGUGCAAACAUGGCGAUUUUCUCUUUCAUAGUUUCGUAGUAUUAGGUUGACAUACAUACAUCGAUUAGAUUUUAUAAAGCCGUAUUUAUGGAUUAAAAUGUAAAAUGUGUUAGAAAUGGAACAUAAUAUAAUUUAAGUGAUAAUUCAAAUAGUGUAUACGUAAAUAAUCUUAAAGAUAUUGAAGUGAAAAUUGGGCUCCACGUAAUUUAUCAAAUUAAGUGGAAAAAGCACCCAUUGCUUUCAUAUCUAUUGAAAAAAAUAUAUUUAACACCUACUAUACUUUCUCAACAUAAAUAAAUAUUGCCGAAUAUGGAAGUGCAAGGAAAAAACGAAAUAGAAGAAAAAUCGAAUUCUAAAACUUCCGAAGAAAAAAUGGAUUCGAAAACUGAAGAUAGAGAAAUUAUGAUAACUGUGCCUAAAAUAGAAAUAAAAACAGAACCUGCUGAGUAUGAUCUAAUAGCUGAUGCCUUGGUAAAACAAAUCAAGUCAUCAACCUCAAAGUCAAAGAGCAAAAAAGACAGAAACCCAAUCAUUGAGCGGAGAAAAAAGAUUAUAAUUUCUGAUGAUGAAUGGGAACCAGAGAAGAAAGAGUCUGUACCUGUACAAGGCUCAUCUAAAUCCACUGAAGAGUACUACUCCUACGAUAUCCUCAAUCAAAUAGAGAUAGUAACGAUAACUGAAGAGGAACGUGCAGUGGAAUUUACGGAGACAUACGAGUCUAGAAAACACAUGAACUAUGUGUGCGACAAGUGUGCUGUGGGGUUCGUUGUUAAGGAGGCGUAUGAUGUGCACAUGAAGUUGCAUACCCCAGAAUCUGGAUCAUUCCUAUGCGAGGUCUGCGAAACAUACCUGAAGAGUGAGGAUACACUUCAUCGUCACAAACUGAGACAUUAUCGCCGAUACAGGUGCAUGGUGUGCGGGAUCCGCUUCAAGGACAAGGACGCGGCGGCGGGCCACGUGUCCUACUCGCACAGCGGCUUCACGUUCAACUGUGAGCAGUGCGGCUCCAUGUUCAAACGCCCGCAGUACCUCAGGCGUCACAUAGAGCAGAUGCACACGAAGGCCACGCCCAUGGAGUGUCCCGUGUGCCACCAGGUCUUCUACGAGAGCGGCUGGUAUCGGAACCACGUGAGGAAACACAACAAAGAAGUGCAAAACGCCAAGAUAGUCCGCUGCAGGCAAUGCGAGAAGACGUUCAAGGACAAGACCUACCUCAAGCAGCACAUGCUGAUGCACGAGUCGCGCAUGGACGUGGUGUGUCUCGAAUGUUCCACGAGCUUCGCGAACAUACACUUGCUGGACGAGCACUAUAAGGAGGCGCACCCGGAUAACUUUAUUGUUCGUCCGGAUGAGGAGCAAAGGUGCACCUCGUGCAAUCGCGCGUUCGAGACGCGCGCCAAGCUGCACAGCCACACCAUCAGGAUGCACGUCGACGGCGGCAAGAAGUACCAGUGCGACUACUGCAAGCGGCUGUACUUCUCGAAGGGCGAGGUGCGGUCGCACAUCACGUGGUCGCACCUGCACGCCGGCGGGCACGCGUGCACGUGCGGCCGCGUGUUCCGCACGCCCGUGCGCCUGCGCGACCACGUGGCCACGCGCCACCUCGGCGCCGUGCCGCCGCGCGACAAGGCCUGCCCCAACCAACAGGUGCUGACGCGGCACAUAAAGGGGCACGCCGGCGAGACGUUCCCGUGCGGCUCGUGCGGGCGCCGCUUCAAGACGCAGUCCUACGUGAAGGUGCACUACCAGGUGGCGCACCUGCACAUGACGCGCGCCGAGAUACGCCGCCGCACGCGCCGCCGCCUCAUCAUGGUGCACGACCCGCAGGCCGAGCCGGCGCAACCCCAAAGCGACAAUGAACUGUUCGCGUGUGAAGAGUGCGGCAAGCAAUUUAAAACGCAGUCCUACGUGCGCAUACAUUACUACAUCAAACACCUGAACAUGACCCGGGAGGAGGCGAAGAGGAAGUCGAAGGAGGUGAGGGAGGCCACUGCGUCGAUGGUGUACAAGAAUCCCCUGCAGAUUGAGGAGGUGUAUGUGAAAACGGAGGCGGAGGACGACGAGAAACCGAUGGAGAUACCGAUGUUUGAAACGUUCAUUGAUAUUCAAAGGGAGGAGUGCGAGACAGAGAAAGAAGAUUGAUUUAUGGUAGGAGAGAAAGAGAUGAUAGGAUUUGGAUUGGUCAGGCGUCGAUAGUGGAUGUAUUAGGGGAUGGUAAGGGAAGGAAAUGGAAGCUUUUGUAGGUUAACAUAAAAGUUACUAAUGAUUUCGUUUUCUGUAAAAAUCUACUGGGAUUUGUUCUUAUCCGACUGUUCUAAUUGAGGGUAAUGGUCUUGCGUGUAAAUUAUUAAGCAAUAUAUUUGUAUAUUAUUAUUUUUAAACAGAUUUAAAUGUAAGGAUUAAGUUUAAUAACAAAUGUUAUUGGUUUUUGUUAAUGUUAUCAGUUACGGUUGAAAAAUUUUUUGGUCCUUCGAGACCUUGUAAGCUAAAACAUAGUUGUCUUUUAGGCUCUGUUUCGCAAUGGCUAAGUAAGAUUAUUAUUACAUUCGUUUAUAAUAUAAUACCUAGUAUUUCUGUUUUUUUCAACAUUUAUUUAAACUUGUUAAAAAUAGAUAUAUAUUUAAAUAAAAAAAAAUGAUUACUUUUGAAUUUGAUAUGUAUUUAUCAACUUAAAAAUCUCUAGCAAGGCAAUAGAAUAUAUAUCUCUUUCGAAACGUCUGUUUCCGUUUAUUAUUUAAAUAAUAAUGUUACUAGGAUGUUGUGAAACAGACUUACGAAUUAGUGUAGAGUAGUGUAGCGCUAUAACUAUUAGAUAACAUUAAAUGCGUAUGUUGGGCUAAUGAAUAUCAUUUAAUAUGCUAGUUCUUUAGUCUAAUUCAUGAAAAUCACGCUUUUAUUAGCUUCAACUGUAUGUUUGUAUGUAACCGACUCCUUUAGACUCGAUUUUGACUUGAAACAGACAUACAGGACAUAUUUAAUUUAGAGUGUACUCAAUUGGUUACAAUACAAUACGUCCACGAGUUUAUCAUAUUAUCUUGACUAAGAUCAUCAGGAUCAGCUAAUUUCCUAAAUUUACGUUCCUAUACUUUGUAUAUGGGCAAACUUGCGACGAUUAAGUUGAUUCCAUUAUUGAAGAAGGUAUUUUUUGUUUGUUUUUAAAUACUAUAUUUAUAUGAUUAAGGGCGAAUAUACGAAUCUGGAAAUAUUAUUGUUUGGGAAAAAACUGGAUGCCUGAAUGCCUGAAUAUACAGCUAGAUUUCUAUGUAAAAGUGUUAGUAAAGCUUUGUUACUAGGUGGCGCCACUAGCGAUAAAUCAAUGAAAUAAAUCUUUUUUCUGAAAAAUGUUACUCUAAUAUAUCAAUUUGAUGUAAUUAUAUUAGAAGUCGUUCAUUAACAAUAACAAUAAAUACUGAAAAUAUCGGUUCUAAAUAAUUAC